UUCGUUCAGUCGGCGUAAGCGAGUUGAGCGAGCGAGCCCCAUUCAGUCCGCCGAUUUGCCACCUCUCUCUUUCUUCUGCGCUCCUUUGCACCUGUGCAAGUGUGUGUUUCUUGCGCGGUGCGUGCGUGUUUGCGUGUGUGCGUGAGCGGGCCGAGUGCACUGGUGUUGGGGCAUCGGUGAGUGGGGCGCGCGCGCGCUUUUGCUUGCCGCAGCAUCGCAGUCGGCGUCGCUGCCGGCGUCGACGUUUGUUGUUUGCGCCUAACAAACACUCGCAGCGGUUUUUGUGCUGACUUUAGAUUUUAGUUUUGCUGAUACCGUAAGAGAUAAAUGACGUGCCGCGGCGAGCGACGAACAGUGGCCCAAAAACAAACAGAAGAAAACUCAUCAGCCAAAACACAAACAGAAAAAAAACAGAUGCAAGCAACAAGCAAAUGUUUGGCCAACAAGCAAACAUAAUGUAAUAGCUAAAUAGCAAAAUGUGUUUAAGUUUAAGCUACAAGUUAGUAUAAAAACGUCCACAAAUAGUGCAAAAAAGUUCAAAAUGUUAUAAAUUUUCAAAUGAAACAAAUACCUCAAGCGUAAGGAAGCAACAAAUAACAAACAAAUAAACAACGAACCGAGUGCAAAAACUUAGUGCAAUUUUUAAAAACACACAAAAAAAAAAAAACAAAGCCCCAAAGAGCAGGCAUAAGAAUCAUGUCUGUAGUGUAAGACGUUGCGUAUACGCAAUAUUGCUGAACCCAUUAACGCAGACAUCACGCAUACGCCGCGUCGUGCAAAAUGAUUAUGGUGCAACAUUUGGUGGCCGCCACGGCGCACAACUUCGCCAGCCAGGCGGCGGCAGCCCUCGUCAAUGUUUCCAGCUCCAGCUCCAGCUCUAGUUCCAGUUCGAGUUCCUCCUCCUCCUCGCUAUCCCUGUCAUCCUCCUCAUCCAGCUCCUCGCUGUCGUCGGCCACGCCCACGCCGGUGGCCUCGCCCCUGACGCCCACAUCGCCACCGCCGGCUGCCGCCGCUCCCGCAGAAGCCUCGCCGCCAGCAGGAGCCGAUUUUCAGGAAAAUGAGCAGCAGAAGCAGCAGCAGCCCGUGCCUAUCGAGGAUCCGGCGUUGAAUGACCAGGAAAAUGCAGAGAAUAAGGAGGAGGAGCCGGUCAAUGGGGAGGAACCAGGUGCCAUAGUUGAUACCGAGUCAGUGUUGGCGCGGCAAAGUCCAAGUCCAGUUGCGUCCACCAAAAUCCCCGAGUCACUAGAUCAGAUUUCCCCGAAGUCGCCACCCGUGAAAGACGAGGAAGAGGAGUCCGAGUCUGUCACCUCGGACUGUCGCGAGUUCAAAGUGCUCUAUAAUCACCUAAGACAGCAGCAGCACCAGCAACAUCACGCCCCCGCCUCGCCAGACAAGACGCGCAGCACCCUGGACGAUGUGUCCAAGAUCCUGUGGGAGCGAAAGCAGCAGCUUCAGCGCAGCUCUGUGAUUACCGCGGCACCCACACUGCUGCCCCCACAGCAGCAGCAACCGAUGAGCGACAUCGAGGACGAGGAGACGCUGGAGGAUGUGGACGACGCGGAUGCGGAUGUGGAGGCGGAUGCCGAGGACGAGGAACUGCUGGAGCAGUAUCAAAAUGGCUACGACUCGCCGCUGGAUCUGUCACUAGGCAGUGCCACCAGUGCUGCGGCCUCGGCCUCCGCAGCAGCCGCUGCAGCAACGGCGGCCAGUCGCCGACGUGGCCGCACUUACUCCGGCACGGAAUCCGACGACUCUGCCCAAUGCGAGCGGGCGAGGAUGCGUCUAAAGCCGGAACGCAAGGCGGAACGCUCGGCGGCCUACAAGAAGAGCUUGAUGAAGCGAUACUACACUGAAAUUCCUAUUGUGAAACAAUCGACGAGCCCGGCACCGCAGCAGCAACACCAGCAACAGCAACACUUGCAGCAGCACCAGCAACAGCAGGCGCACAAUGCGACCACCUUUGCCGGCGCCACCGCUCUGCUCCACAUCAAGACGGAGCAAAAUGCCCUGCUCACACCGCUCCAGCUGCAGCAGCAACAACAGCAGCAGCAGCAGCACAGCUUACACGGUGCAGCGGGCAAUGGUGGCAGCAAUGGGAACGGCAACAAUGCCCAUCAGCAACAACAACCGCUGGCCAUACCACACCGCCCGCUGCUGCACAAUUUGCUCAGCGGAGGUGCUAUUCACAAUCCGCACCAUAGAAACUACACGACGGCCACAACAGGUUCAUUUCCGCCCAGUCCCGCGGACAGCGGCGUCUCCGACGUGGACAGCUCCAGUUCCGGCGGCCAGCCCUGCGCCGACGAGCUAAAGGCGCGGCUCGGGAUGCCGGCGGCCACCUCGGCGUCGGCAGCGGCCGCGGCAGCAGCGGCGGCGGCGGCAGCGGCGCACCUGCACACUGGCACCUUUCUGCAUCCGAAUUUAUACCAGAACAAUGCAGCGAAUUCGCUGCGGAACAUAUGGAAUCGCAGUGUUGGGGUGCCCGACAAUUACUACGGGAGCAGUGGCGCCGGUAGUGGGGGCGGCCAGCCAGGUGCGCCGGGAAACCCCCAAACGCCGGGCUAUCUGACAACGUCCUACUUCAACGCCCCGACAGCAGCGGCAGCAGCGGCGGCGGCGGCAUCCCAGCGCGGCACCACCAUCAACGGCUAUCAUUCCCUGCACCAGCAGCAGCAGCAACAGCAGUCGCAGCAAUCGCAGCAGCAGCAGCUGGCCCACCAGCAAUUGUCGCACCAGCAGCAACAGGCUUUGCAUCAGCAAUUGUCGCAUCAACAACAGCAGCAACAACAGCAACAGCAGCAACAACAACAACAGCAGCAGCAGCAGCAGCAGCAACACCCGCACUCGCAGCUAAAUCCGCACUCACAUCCGCACUCCCAUCCGCACUCGCAUUCGCAUCCGCACGCGGGCCAGCACACGCAUUCCACAAUCGCUGCAGCGGCCGCAGCAGCUGCGGCGGCAUCCGUCGUCAGCAGCAGCAGCAGUGCCGUUGCAGCGGCGGCAAUGCUGAGCGCCAGUGCAGCGGCAGCAGCAACGGCGGCAGCGGCGGCAGGCGGCUCGCAGAGCGUCAUCCAACCGGCGACGUCCAGCGUCAGCUACGAUCUCUCCUACAUGCUCGAACUGGGCGGCUUCCAGCAGCGGAAGGCGAAGAAGCCGCGCAAGCCCAAGCUGGAGAUGGGUGUGAAGCGGCGCAGCCGGGAGGGAUCCACCACCUACCUGUGGGAGUUCCUCCUGAAGCUGCUGCAGGAUCGCGAGUACUGUCCGCGCUUCAUCAAGUGGACGAACCGGGAGAAAGGCGUCUUCAAGCUGGUCGACUCGAAGGCGGUGUCCCGCCUGUGGGGCAUGCACAAGAACAAGCCGGACAUGAACUACGAGACGAUGGGCAGGGCGCUGAGGUACUACUACCAGCGCGGCAUCCUGGCCAAGGUGGAUGGCCAGCGGCUGGUCUACCAGUUCGUGGAUGUGCCCAAGGACAUCGUCGAGAUCGACUGCAAUGGCGUGUGAGAGGCGAAGGAGGACAUGGAGGACAAGGCGGCCUGUAAAUAUAGUUCGAUCCGCAAACGGAUCGAUCUGGAAUGGCAAUAGGUUCUGGGGUGGGGUAAGAAUCAACCGGCUAGCGGCAAUAGUGGCUGAAAGCCACGCGAGGUAGGGAUUUCUUUGUAUAUGCGUUGAGUUUAUUGGUUAGCCAGCGAUAAGCAUAAGUUACACAUAGCUGAUAGUCCCAAUACGCGUACAUAUACUUCUAUAUAUAUUCACACCCUGUGUCCUGUACCCUAUACAUACACCCAGCUAAAUCGGCGGUAAAUAAUGAUCUAUUCAUUGGCGUUAGUGUUGUACUUGUAACUGUAAUUUUAACUGUAAACUGUAAAUGUAAUGAAUAUUGUUAUUAUUGGUUAUAUUAUUAUUAUUAUUAUCACUAUUAUUAAUAUUAUUAUUGCUAUUGCUAUGGCGGAAGGACAAAGGACGACCGAAUUGAUUCAUAUUGAUAUUCGAUAAAUGUGUGUAAUAUGUAAAUGAGUACGAACCCUUAUAGCUGCAAGAAAUUCUCUAUCUCUAUCGAUCUUAAUCUAAAUCUAAAUGUAUAUGAAUAUGUAUAUGCCUAGCCUAAUACCCUUUCAACUGCCUCCUAGCCCCCCGCUGCCCAAGGACAAAAAGUGUAGAGGGUAACUUUGCAGAUCUUUAAUAGAUCCGAACGAUCUGCGUGGGUAUCUGUACACUGUACUUGGGCCAAUUGUUUUUGUUGCUUAUUUUAUAAAAAAAGAGAGAUGGAAAUUUAUUAUUUCAUAGUUUUAGCUAUUAUUACAACUACGUUUAGGUUAUUUAUUUAAGUGUUUCUCCAGCUACACCCCUUAACUUCCCCCCAACACAAAACACACACAUCCUAACUGGAGCUAAGAACCCAGAAAACUGGUGGUCUAAACUUUCUUGUAAUUAUUAUUUGAUAAGUUUUGUAUAUUUACAACAUCGACAGCAAAAAAAAAAAGAAAAACUCACAGGAUAAACCCGAAGAAAAGCACUCCUUGAGCCAUCGUUUAAGCAGUCUCAGAACACCAAACCCAACUCAACCCUCUCGAUCUGAUGUUUAUUUAUGAAACAUAAAGCUAAACUAACGUAUUCUUGUUAACGUCACACUGCCACUAAGCGAAACAAGCCUAACAAAAUGGAACAGAUCUGAACAGAUAACCGAACAGACCCGAGAUACUGACCCAUAGUUUCAACAACUGCAACCGCAAUCCUCAAUGCAAUAUACCGACAACUUCUACAACAAUUUCCAAACACUGCCCAAAACGUGCAAUCUCUUGAAAGGAAACCUUGAAUAGGAAAAGAGAAUAAAACCAACUCCUAGUUCUUUAAUCUAUUUCUUUAAUAGUUGCGUUCUCUAAGUACCUUUAUCUAUUAUUAUUAUUAUUAUGUGUACGUGAAGAUGAAAUCUACAAUAUAUCAUUUUGUUUAUGAUGAUUGGUGAUUGAUGAUGCAAAUAAACAAAGUGAGUCUUGAGUUCAACUCUGUUCAUUGUAAACAAUUUUUUAUAAUUAUUUUUAUUUUUUAAAUAAAAUUAUUAUUUCAA